AUGGCUUUCCUCUUCUUCCUCCUUGCUCUCCCCAUCAUCCUCCUCAUCCUCCUCCAAACCAACCGACCCAAAAGACCAUCCAACCUUCCACCCGGUCCGCCCGGCCUGCCCAUCAUCGGCAACUUGCUCCAAAUCGACAACUCCUCCGUACAUCGCUCCCUCGCCCAACUCUCCCAAAACCACGGCCCACUCAUGUUCUUGCAAUUGGGUUUUGUCCCAAGCAUAGUAAUCUCCUCGUCCAAGCUAGCCAAAGAGGUCAUGAAAACGCAGGACCUCGCGUUCUGCAGCCGGCCGACCCUAACCGGUCAGCAGAGGCUGUCCUACAACGGGUUGGACCUAGUCUUCUCCCCCUACGACUCUUACUACACCGAGAUGAGGAAAAUAUGCAUGGUCCACCUCUUCCACCCGGCCCGGGUCCAAACCUUCCGACCCAUCAGAGAGUACGAGGUCUCGCAGAUGAUCCACAAGAUAACCUCCAAGAUCGGUUCAACCCCCGACAAACCGGUCAAUUUGAGCGAGGCCAUGAUGUACCUGACCAGCACUAUAAUUUCGAGGGUCGGGUUUGGGAAGAGGUACGAGGAAGAAGGGAUCGAAAGGAGCAGGUUUCAAUCGUUGCUGAAUGAGAGUCAGGCUAUGUUCACGAACUUCUUUGUUGGUGAUUAUUUUCCAUAUAUGGGUUUUGUGGACAAGCUCAAUGGUUCGGCCGCUCGACUUGAGAAAAACUUCAGAGAGUUUGAUGACUUUUACCAGGAGGUCAUAGAUGAACGCCUGGAUCCAAAGAGAGGGAAAAAUCCAGAGCAGGAAGAGGACAUACUCGAUGUGUUGUUGCAAAAUGUAUUUCUUGCAGGGACAGACACGGGCGCUGCCACAGUGGUAUGGGCUAUGAGCUUCCUGAUGAAGAACCCAGAGACAAUGAAGAAGAUACAACAAGAAGUCAGGAGCUCGAUUGAAGCCAUCAAGGGCUUCGUGAACGAAGACGAUCUUCACCAACUAUCAUAUCUGAAAGCUGUGGUAAAGGAGACGUUCAGAUUGCAACCCACGGUUCCGCUCUUGGUCCCUCGACAAACCACAGAGAAGACUCGAUUGGACGGCUAUGAUAUCCCAGCCAAGACCCUCGUCCAAAUCAACACAUGGGCCAUUGGGAGGGACCCUGAAGUAUGGGAGAGCCCAGAAGAGUUCAAGCCCGAUAGAUUUUUGGACAACUCUUCGAGUACUAGUACUGUUGAUAUUUUUGGGCAAAGCUUCGAGCUUACCCCGUUUGGAGCCGGGAGGAGGAUAUGCCCUGGCCUUCACAUGGGCCUGGUCACGGUGGAGCUCGCGCUGGCGAAUUUGGUGUACAAAUUCGACUGGGAAAUGCCGGUUGGGAUGAAGAAAGAAGACGUGGAUAUGGCGGUGAUUCCGGGUAUUACCAUGCACAAGAGGAAUCAUCUUUGCCUUUUAGCUAAACGGCCUAUGAUAUGAACUUAUUAUGUAACGCUAGCUCUCAUCAGUUUGUAAUGGUGGGGAUGAAUAAUAUAUAUAACCAAUGGAUGUGAGUAUGUAAUGUAAUCCUACAUUAAUAUUACCUUCUGAAUCCUGAUGGUCAUUUACACCUAUAA